AUGGGCAAGGUUCCAUUUCGUGAUAUUUCACCUGCAUUGCAAGCUUUUAGAAAUUUCCUUCUUGGUAGAAAACAUACAAAUGCACUGAGAUUCGAGCCUUUAUUAGCAGCCAGGACUCAACCUCCACCCGAAAUUCCUGACGGACCCACCCAUAAGCAUGCCCACAACUACUAUUAUACUCGAGAUGGUCGGCGUGAAGUUACACCACCUCUAGUUAUAACCCAGCAGUUGCUUCCAGACAGUAGUGCCGACAAAGAUACUCCUAAAACUGCAGUGAAUGUACGGCCAACUCCAGGAAAAUUGUAUAACUGGGACAAACAUUAUGAA